AGUUUGUCCCCGGUCGUCUUCCUUUUCACAUCCAUCGGAGAAAAGAUUUCGCCGGAAACAGAAGCUGAAAAAUGGAAGCAGCUUUGGGGCUUCUCAGAAGAAUGCCGCCAAAGCAAUCGGAGACGGCUCUCUCGGCGCUUCUCAGCCUCCUGCCUCAACAUUCUUCCGAUCUUCUCUCUCAAGUCGAUCUCCCUCUCCAGGUGUUACGUGAUGCUGAAAGUAGGAAAGAUUUCAUCUUGUGCGAGUACAAUAGAGAUGCAGAUUCCUACAGGUCACCUUGGUCUAAUAAAUACCACCCUCCGCUAGAGGAUGCUCUUUACCCUUCGUCAGAAUUAAGAAAGCUGGAAGUUGAAGCCAACGAAAUCUUUGCAAUCUACCGUGACCAGUAUUAUGAAGGUGGUAUAUCUUCAGUGUACAUGUGGGAGGACGAUAACGAAGGCUUUGUGGCAUGUUUCCUUAUUAAGAAAGAUGGCUCAAAGUCAGGUCAUGGUCGGAGGGGAUGCCUGGAAGAAGGAGCGUGGGAUGCCAUACAUGUUAUUCAGGUUGGUCCAGAGGAGGAGGAAAUGGCACAGUAUUGCUUAACAAGUACUAUCAUGCUCUCUCUGACCACUGAUGAUGAGUCCUCUGGCAAAUUCGGGUUAUCUGGAUCAAUUAGAAGACAAAUGAAAAUGGAGCUCGCAGUAGCGGAGGGACAUCUCUGCAACAUGGGAAGAAUGAUUGAAGAACUGGAAGGAAAACUGAGGAAUUCACUUGAUCAGGUUUACUUUGGGAAGACAAGAGAAAUGGUUUGCACAUUGCGUCCACCAGCUGAGAUUGUACAGAUGAGACUACCCGACACCUGAUUCUACCAUCACACUUUAUGUAAUAACAUUUCAUAUCUCUUCCACUUUUUUUUUUUCUUUUUUCUUUUUCCUGUCUGUCUAAUUUUAAGCGUUUUUCCGAGUGUCUUGUGUGGAUGCGUAGUACUUGGUCAUGUGUUUUCUCUGACUUCACCAUUAUCAUCAUGUGACAAUCUUUUUUUCAUAUAUAUGCAAUGGGAAUGAUGAUGCAGUUUU